AUGGGUGCAGGCAGCCCUAUGCAGUCCGUGCUAGUGGCCGCCGGUGUUAAGGACAGGAAGGUGUUGGCCUUCCGGCGCUCCGUGGAGGGCGUCCCUGGCCUCAUGCGCUCCAUCGCCGCCUCCGGCGUGUGCAGCGCAUUCCACGUCCUUGACCUCGGCAGGAUCAUCGACCUGCACAACCGCUGGCUCCCCGGCGUGCGCCCCUACUACGCUGUCAAGUGCAACCCGGAGCCGGCACUGCUUGGCGCGCUCGCCGCCCUGGGCACCGGCUUCGACUGCGCCAGCCGCGUCGAGAUCCAGGCCGUUGUCGCGCUCGGGGUCCAUCCCAGCCGCAUCGUGUACGCUAACCCGUGCAAGCCUGAGGAGCACCUCAAGUACGCGUCCCAGGUGGGUGUCAACCUCACCACCUACGACUCCGUGGAGGAGGUGGCCAAGGUGAAGCGCUGCCAUCCCAGCUGCGAGCUCCUCCUACGCAUCAAGGGCCCCGAAAACAGCCACGCCAAGGUCGACCUCGGCACCAAGUACGGCGCUCACGCCGACGAGGUGGUCCCGCUCCUACGCGCCGCGCAGCGCGUGGGCCUUGCCGUGGCCGGCGUCUCCUUCCACGUCGGGAGCGGCGGAUCGCGCACCGACGUGUACAGCGGCGCCAUCCAGGCGGCGCGAGCGGCGUUCGACGCGGCCGCCGCGCUUGGCAUGCCGCCCAUGCGCGUGCUCGACAUCGGCGGUGGGUUCGUUGCGGGCGCAGCAUUCGACGAGGCCGCCCGUGUCAUCCGCGGCGCCAUAGAGCAGCGCUUCGGCGACCUCCCCCGCGUGGAGGUCAUCGGCGAGCCGGGCCGGUACUUCGCCGAGACGGCAUUCACGCUCGCCGCGCGCGUCAUAGGGAAGCGCACGCGCGGAGACCUGCGGGAGUACUGGAUCGACGACGGCGUCUACGGCUCCCUCAACUGCAUCCGCAUGGACGACUACGUGCCGCGGCCGAAGCCGCUCACCGUACGGUGCCACGGCGAGAAGACGUUCGCGUCCACGGUGUUUGGGCCAACGUGCGACUCCCUCGACACGGUGGUCACCGGAUACCAGCUGCCGGAGAUGAGCGUGGGGGAGUGGCUCGUGUUCGACGACAUGGGCGCCUACACCACCGGCUCCGGCACCAACUUCAACGGCUUCCGUACCUCGGACAUCAACACAAUCCUGGCCUACUCUAUAUAG